GAAAAAACAACAAACAAACAAAAUCAGAAUAGCAAUUCCUCAAAAUAUAAAGCAUAGAAAUACCAUAUGAUCCAUUUCUGGGAAUAUAUAUACAAAAGAAUUGAAACAAUCUCAAGGACAUAUUUGUAUAUCCAUGUUUGUAGCAGCAUUACUCGUAAUAGCCAAGAGGUAUAAACAACCCUAAUGUCCAUGAAAUAGACAAAAAAAAUAUGUGGAAUAUGUACAUAAAAUGUAGUAAUAUCAUUGUCUUAAAAAUGAAGGCAAUCUUGUCAAACGCUACGACAUGGAUGAAUCUUGAGUAUAUAAUGAUACGUGGAUCUGCGUGUUGUGCCCUGUGCUGCCCAGACUCGCAAACAAUACAGUCAGGAUGGGUAAAGGGGACCCCAAGAAACCAAAGGGCAAGAUGUCUGCUUACGCCUUCUUUGUGCAGACCUGCAGAGAGGAGCACAAGAAGAAGAACCCCGACGUCCCUGUCAAUUUUGCAGAAUUUUCCAAGAAGUGCUCGGAGAGGUGGAAGACGGUGUCUGGGAAGGAGAAAUCGAAGUUUGAUGAAAUGGCCAAGGCGGAUAAAGUGCACUAUGACCGAGAGAUGAAAGAUUAUGGACCUGCAAAAGGAAGCAAGAAGAAAAAGGACCCUAAUGCCACCAAAAGACCACCGUCUGGAUUUUUCCUGUUUUGUUCAGAAUUCCACCCCAAGAUAAAAUCCACCAACCCUGGUAUCUCCAUUGGAGAUGUGGCCAAAAAGCUGGGUGAGAUGUGGAAUAACUUAAAUGACAGUGAAAAGCAGCCCUACAUCACCAAGGCGGCGAAGCUGAAGGAGAAGUAUGAGAAGGACGUGGCCGCCUCUAAGUCCAAAGGAAAGUUUGAUGGUGUUAAGGGUCCUGCUAAAGUUCCCCGGAAAAAGGUAGAAGAGGAAGAUGAAGAAGAGGAGGAGGAGGAAUAAAAAACUGUUUCUCUGUCUCCUUGUGAAUCCCUUAGUGUAGGGAGCGCCGCGACUGAACGUCUCUUAGGUUAAAUGCCAGCCGUUUGAUCGUGUAGUCUCAAAUGCUCUGGAAGUUGGCAGUAGUUGCCCUGUGUGGCUUGGGGGUCUGGAGCGCUGGGAAACUGUAUCAAAGCUGUACAUAUUUCCAGACAUUUUUAAACUGAAAAGGCACUCCGUGUUCUCCUCGCUCUGUGCACUUUGCUGUUGGUGUGUAAAGGCAUUUGAAGAUGUCUCUGCCGUUUGUUUUUUAAUUUGUAAGGUGGUGUUAACUAUGUGGUUAUUGGUCAGAAACCCUUAGCUACCAACUGUACAUAUCUAGAGUUUGUAAAAAGAACAAAGCAAUCCAGGCAAACCCUCAAUGGCCCCUGCUUGGCGCUGAGGCUGUGGGACAAAUGCCACUGGGAGGGGACCGUAGGGCUGUCGCUGCAGCUGUGGCGGGCGUCCAGUCAGCUUCUGUAUAUAGUGACCUAGCAUCCCGCUACUCAUCUUAGCUGGGGACUGAGAAGUGUUUGGAUUCUUCACUUUUGUUUUUUUAGUUAAGUGCAGUAGAUGGAAACUGUUUCCAGACUGUAGAACUCUUCAUUUUCCGCAGAGAGCUAAUGAAGAUUCACAAAGCUUCUGUACUUAAACAGGAUUUGCAACGUUGUGUUAUUUUUUUGUAUGUUUAGAAUGCUGAAAUGUUUCCCAAGUUAAAUAAACAGUAUUACAUUUUUCAAAAAAAAAAGAGAAUAUAAUGCUAAGUGUAAGAACACAGUCACACAAUAGAUGAAUAAUUCUAUGAGGUAUGUUCAUUGCCAAGUGCAGCCAUAACAAAAUAUCACCAAUUAGAUGACUUAAACAACAUUUGCUCACAGUUAUGAAGACUAGAAGUACAAGAUUAAGGUGUUUGCAGUUUUGAUUUCUCCUGAGAUUUCUUUCUCUCCAUCACUGGUAGAUAGCUAACUUUUCACUAAGCCCUCACAUGGCCUUUCCUCCAUGGGCAUAUUCCUAGUGUCUGUUGGGUGAUUCCCAAUGUCCUCAUUUUAUAAGGCUAUUAGACUGGUUUAGAUCCC